AUGGCGAUGGCGGGAGGCAUGGUGCGGAUGGUGAACGGGGUGCCCGUGAAGGUGCUACCGGCGGAAGUCUCGGGUGGGAUGGGGAGGGAGGCAGCUGGAGGGAUCAUGGCGGCGCGAGUAGCGCAUUUAGCGGCGAAGCUGGCGCAGCAGGAAGCGGCCACGGCUGCUCUCAAGAGAGAGGUUGACGAAAUGAAACGCGCGAUGGCGAUGGCGAAGGCCGAAGCGGCGAAGGGCGCAGCGGCGAAAGGGGCGUGGGACACGGGGAGGCAGGAGGGAGCGGCAAACGGCAAUUGUGGGGCGGAAAGUGCAGCGGCGGGGAAGGCAGGGGACAGCCUCCCCGCACAGACUUCCGAGCGGACGAAUCUUGUCCCGUUACUGGACAGCCUUAUAAAGGAGCACGUGAAUAGAGUAAGGAGUGAGCUUGAGUCUGAGAUGGAGGGGAUGGAGGAGCACGUUGAGGUGGUGAGGAGGGCAGCCGCGGUGGGCGCGCUGAAGGCGGAGAUUGCGCGGAUGGGGGCUGCGGCGGAGCGGCUUUCGGCGGAAGUGGCGUACGUCCGCACAACGGCGGCGCACACUGAGGCGCGGAUGAACGACGUGGAGCUGGCGGUGGCGGAGUGGAAGAGCGCGCGGGAGAAGACGCGUGCGGAGAUGGAGGGCGCAGAGCACAGCCUGCCCGGCGGAAGCGCGGGGGAGCAUGCAGGAGUGGAAGCGCCCGAGGGGAAGAAACGGAAGCGGGAGGAGGCGGGGAAUGGCACAUGCUGCUGCGGGAGGUUGCGCACUCAUUGCCAAUCGCGGUGCUUCCGAUGGAGGGGAAACCGGGGCUUCCCUGCUGCAGAAGUCGGUGAACUGCAUGUGGCACAUGGGAGUGCAUGCGCAGCAGCAUGGUCUGUCAAAGAGGGUCAAAGGCUGGCGGUGCUGCUCCUGCUCUGGGCCAAGACAGCGCCGCAGCAGGCCGCAAUGGACCUCAGCGGCAUCUCCUGCCUCACAGACGCGGCUCUCACCCGCCUCGCCACGUUCCGCCAGCUCACAACCGUCACUCUCGAGGACUCCUCUGGCUUCACUGCCGCGGGGAUGGUGAGCGGAGUGCCCGUGAAGGUGCGACCGGGGGAGGUCGUGGGUGGGAUGGUGAGGGAGACGGCAGAAGGAGGAAUGGCGGAGCGAGUAGAGCAACUAGCGGCAAAGCUGGCGCAGCAAGAGGAGGCCACGGCUGCUCUCAAGCGAGAGGUGGACGAAAUGAAACGCGCGAUGGCGAAUGCCGACGCGGCGAAGGGCGCAGCGGCGAAAGAUGCGUUGGCGACGGGCAGCCAAGGGGAGACGGCGAAGGGCAAGGGCGGGGCGGAGAGUGCGGCGGCAGGGGAAGCAGGGGACAGCCUCCCGGCGCAGCUUUCUGAGCGGAGCAACAUAAGAGUCCCGCCGUUACUUGGAGUAAGGAGUGAGUAUGAGUCGGAGGUGGAGGGGUUGAAGGAGCAGAUGGAGGCGGUGCGGAGGGAGGCGGCAGACGCGGUGGGCACGCUGAAGGCGGAGAUCGCGCGGAUGAGGGCUGCGGCGGAACGGCAGGCGGCGGAAGUGGCGUACGUGCGCGCGACGGCGGCGCACACCGAGGCGCGGAUGAACGAAGUCGAGCUGGCGGUGGCGGAGUGGAAGAGCGCGCGGGAGAAGGCGCGCGCGGAGAUGGAGCGCGCGGAAGAAGUCGCGGGAGCGGGGACGCCCGAGGGGAAGAAGCGGAAGCGGGAUGAAGCGGGGAAGGCGGAGGAGAUGGCACAUGCUGCUGCGGGCGGUUGCGCACUCAUUGCCAAUCGCGUUGCCUGUGAUGGAGAAUGCGAUGAGGGAGAAACCAAGGCAGCCCUGUCGGGACUACAGAAGGCGAUGGAUGGGCUGCUGCGCAGAGUGGUGAAUGUGGAGGAGAGUGGUAUUGACAGAGGGAGGGUAUGGGAGGUGCUGCUCACGCUCUGGGCCAGAACAUCCCCGCAGCAGCAGGCAACAAUGAACCUCAGCCGCAUCUCUUGCCUCACAGACGCGGCUCUCGCUCGCCUCGCCUCGAAUAUGAAGCUGUUGGUGAAGCUGGGGAUGCAGGAUGCUAGGAUUACUGCGCGCGGUGUUAGCUGGCUCAAGGGCCUUCCGUACCUGCAGAAGAUUGCAGUAGGAGCAGAAGAUGUUGAAGGGUUUAUUCAGGACACUUUCCCUGCAGUAGUUGUGACUCCAGGGCCACUCUAG